UCAGCAAUAAUACAAACAACAGAACAAUGUCGUCCGACAUCAGCCUGGAAUUGGUGAAUGUUUUGUCGUACACACGCGAACAUAGUGCGGAAAGUUCGGACACGGAAGAAAAAUGUGGUGUACUCGAAAGGAAUGGAAUCACCUGGUAUGCCCGUGGUUCCGUGCUGGAAGUGUUUAACAUGAAUUCUAGCUUUAAGGUUAUUUCACACAAUUUUCAUCCAUGCACUAGCAAAUCCAAACCAUGCACGGUCGUAUGUGUGGAAGAAGUGGAAGCGAUGCGGUUUGCGCUUCUUGCCGUGGGACUGAAACUGAGCAGCGAACAGUCUCAGAUAGUGUUUCUCACCGUGCGCGGAGGUCGCGAGGUUGGACGCAUUGAUGUGCAGGAAGAUGUGAAACUGUUGCGCUACAUCGACUCUAACUCUUGUUCCAACGGGCUGCUGAGCAAGUACCAGGGUUGUCUUGCUGCCGGAACCGAAGAUGGCAAAGUCAUACUGAUAGAUCUUUGCUUCAGGCGGUUACAAAAUGGAUUUGGCACGGAGGUGGCUAUGAAUGAACCCGGUAAACGGCAAUGCCACAUAGAGUUCUCGCGCGGAAACAUUAAACAUUUGACACAGAACCACGAGAAGAUCCAAGAACGUGAACUGUACUUUGGAUUGCAAUUGAGCCACAACGAGCAAGCAUCGGUGGAGUGCAUUCUGGACAUUGUCCCGUUGAAAGUUAUCUGUAUCGGAUUCGCGGACGGUACCGUUCUGCUCUGGGAUUUGGUUGAUCAUUCCAUAAUGCACCGAAUAUCACCGCCGACGGAGGAUUGCGCAGCAGUUGCACUGAACUACGUUGAACCCAGUGAUGAUCCAAAGGCUUGUAUGUAUCUGUGGAUACUCUAUGCGCACCCUGAGGGUGCCUUCGCCUUUUUGCACAUGAUAAUGUGCGAGGAAAAGUACAGCCAGCAGGGAGCGUUUGUGUACGAUCAGUUUGUAUCGUGCUCGUCGGUGCUCAAUCUCACCAGCUACGAUCCGGGAAGUGUUCCGUUGAACGUGCAAACCGUCACGAAAAAGGUUUUCCAAGAGGACGAACCAAUCACGCUGAGCGUGUUGAGCUGGAUAGGUUCAAACGGCAUGACCACGGUGCUGGUGUUUGAUCUGAACCAAUGGUACAAGGCAGAGAUGCCGUACGAAUGCGACUGGCAGCAGGAGCUGACCCACACGGUUGUAUUUCACUUGAAGGAAGAAAGUUUCCACGCCCGGCUUAACGAGCGUUCGUUGGUGCUCUUUCGAUCGAUUCAGCGACCGGAAGAACAUUUCUAUCCCAGCUCGUUGGCAUUCGACAUCACGAACUUUAACGGCAUCAAUUGCACCACACACCGAUGGAUUGGUUUGCAGAACAAAUUGCUUCAGUAUCUCGAACAGGACGGUGCAAAUAGCGUCAUUCACCCAGCUGGACUGUAUGGAAUGCUUUGUCGCGCCGCCCUGUUGCCACAGUUCCAUGAACCCAUAUCGCCCUCCGAUGGCAUUAUGAAGGAACAGCGUGAAUUUGUCCUUUCGCUUGGGUUGGAAUAUAACUGCCACAUGUUUUUGCAAAGCUGUAUCGAUCUGUGGGCCGACGGGAGCCACCUCGGAGCGGAACCCGAACAGGGUGUAUCGCUUUCGACAAUAACGGACUGGAUUUGGAAUCGUUCGAAGGCGCUAAAGUCGGUAUGCAAUCGUAUGCUAGCAGCGCUUAUGACCGAACAGGCUGGCAGACGGGUUGAUGCGCGAACUCAGGAUGCGCUUUCGCAUUGUACUCGGCAAAUGAAACAGUUAGCGGAGCUGUAUCGAACGAUCAUAACCGAUUGUUUGGAAUUUAUACCAGAAAAUGUUCAGGGACGUCUUAUGAAAGAGUCAGCCUCUAUUACGGCAGCGGCAGAAUACCAGGACAUUCUUCAGUGGCUUCUUCAUAUUGGUAUUCUACCAGAGGCGUCUACACCGGAUGAAGAUUUGGAGAGCGAUUGCUUACUGCUGGUGGCGUAUCCAUACGCCCGACUGUUGGAAUUCUAUCGCAAGCGGCGACACAUGUUGGACGAGCAAAAGAGUAAAGCCGUUCCCGAUUUAUCGACUUCCGGCAAACUGCUCUUCAUCGAUAACUAUCUGGAGCAUGAAUUUGAUGCUGAGACCGUUUGGAAGGCGUGGCAUGAAGAUAGCCCCGUUAACAGACAGGCAGUCUAUCCACCGUGCUCGAUACAGAAAGCGUUGCGCAUUUUGCUCAUUCCCGAUGCACCACUGGAACGGAAACUCGUGGUGCUUCUGUAUCUAUUCAUGGAUGUUGUUGCAGCUGUGGAGGAUGAACGAUUUUUAAAUGUUGUACGCCAGUUAGAGAAAUUUCCACGUGUGUUUAACGUGAAGAUUGGGUUGAUGGAACGUGUGCGCGCAUUUUGGCAUUUGGAUCAUGGAAACGUAUCGGAAACGGUUAAUGAAUUUCUUUCGCCUUUAUCUACUACGAUCGAAUUUCCCCAAUGGCACCGAGAAUUAACGGUGUCAGUAUUGUUGCGUCUGAAAGCUCCAAACCUUGCACUAAAAGUGCUUCGAGCCCCGGGAAGUCCGGUUUCACCGCAACUGGAAUUAACGACACUGGUGCAAAAUAAUCUUAUCUCGGAAGCGUUUAGCUUGCAGCGCCGUACACCGCAACCGGACGGCCGUCAGUUGGUUUGGUUCAUUGAGGCCAUCCUGAUGGCCGGUACACCGGAAACACUGCUGGAGUUUGCACUCAACGAUGAUGAAAAACAUGUGCUGCGAAGCUAUCUUCGAGACUGUCCGCUGGAAACGAGCGAUAGCCUAAUGUUGGGCCAUCUGUUACAGAAUUUAGAAUUUGUGGAAGCAGUACAGUUUGUGGAUCGUUUGGGCCGGAAACGUAACGUGGAGGUGCAGAAGGAAAUUCUUGGCCUUUACCACAAUGCACUUGAUCCCAUGAGUCAACAGUUGGCGUAUCUGACGUAUCAGCAUCCAAAUGAGCUGGAACCGAAGCUUGCACAGGGAAAUGAUCCAAAUUCGUCACACACGCUGGAAACGUUAAGUUCGGGUCUGAUACGUCACCGAGCCGAUUUCCGUGUGCGCGUACUGCAUCAAUCAAUAGCGGCUGUGAAGGAAGCUGCGAUCAAGACGGGUCUGCAGCACGAUCGUCCGUUCUUGGAUAAACCGAGUCUCGGUGUGUUCCAAUGUCGGCCUACGGUACGCAGUUUAAAUGUUUGCUAUCCGGUCCGAUUGGAUCCGUCAAUGAACAAGCGGCGUCAGCGAGACUGGGAUGUUUCGGACGAGGAUCUGGCGAAGGGUCGAAAACCGUCCGCACCGCUGCUGAACGAAGAGGAUGGGUACGGAAAUCCUAGAAAGAAACGGUACUUUGGACCGGAACACAUUGCGGCGACAAAUGAAAGCACAGUACGAAGGAAGUUUGCCAAUUUCGAAGCACCCGUACCGGUGAUUCCCGAGUUUCGACCAAUGAAACCAAAAUUCAACUUUAACGCAGCCAAUUCAACACUCAUAUCCAGCAUGGAGCGGGCAGCCGAGAAAUCGACCAGUCAUUCACCAAGCAUUUUUCUUACAACGCCACCGUUUGCGAAGAAGCAACAGCUCCAACGAGAUGUGCAGAAUCGUUCGGAUUCGGCAGAUUCAGAGGAAGCACAUGAUGAUUCCUAUACGCCUCCGGGGAUUCUGAAGUCGAGCCAAUCGUUACAUGGUCGUAACAGUUCUCCGAUACCUCAUGAUCGUACACCAGUGGAAGCGGAAGAAAAAGUGCUGCGCUUUGAUUUGCCAGCUGGAUCUACUCUUGAGGAUUCUUGCUUGGUAGAUAGCAUGAAACAGCAACCGAAUGAAGAUGUGGUGGCUGAUGUAGCUGACGCCGAUGUGGGUACACCGGUGGUACGCCGUGAUCUCGACUUAUCGACCAUCUCCAACGAUGAUUUCUACUCACCGGAAGUUACAAUGGAACAAAACAGUUUUCAGCAAGUGCUUACUUCAGGUGUGCUGCACGGACGUCGAUCGAUACACAGUUCCAGCGCGGACACUCCUAUCCCUGAUCUGCCCGUGGAUGCUGGGAAUAACAUCGCGAUCAUCAUUGAAGAUCACUGCGAGGAUGAUUGCUCGAGUAAGGUGGAUGCAUACGAACAACAGGAGGAGCAAAAUAUGGAAAUGGAAGUGGAUGAGGGAAAUGUACCACCGUCGAAUAUAAAUGUGUUCGUGAUCGAUGAUAGCGAUGGAGAGCCAAUGAACAGUAAUCAAGAACAACCGGCGGUUGAUGAUAAAUGUGAUGGAAUUGUGAUCCAUGAUGAACACGUUAAAACUUUGACGGAUGAAAUUGCCACUGAUGGGAGUGAAUUAAUGGGCGAAAGAAAGCCUGGGGAACUGCGAGACGAUACUCAGCAAAGCGUAGCCAUGGAAGAGAAAGGUGUCGUAGAUGUCACCUUAUCGGUUAUUGAUGAGGAAGAGGAGGAAGACGAAGAGGAAGAGGAGGAAGAAAUAGAAUAUGAGGAGUAUGAAUUAUUUGAACACAUUGAUGAUGAUGAAGAUGUUUAUGAAGAAUCGAUAGCGGAUGAGCAGGACGUUGAACGUCAUGAAGAAUCCAGCGAUAAUCAAGAUGUAGAUGAUGUUGAUGAUGAUGAGGACAGCGUAUUGGAAGUGAUCGAUCUCAGCGAUGAGGAAGAGGCAGUUCCACAGGGCCCGCAAGACAUCAAUCAUCCAGAGGAAAUAAUCUUCAGUUCCUCAGAAUCUUCUUCGACCUCGUCUUCUGAUGGCGAUGAUAUGGCCCCGCAAGGUGCCGCAUUGAUAAAUGUAGCGGAUCAAGUCGAGAUCGCAGCCAGUGAUGGAUCUGAUGCCGAAAGUAGCCCGCAAGAAUGGCAUUACGAAGAGUUGCCUACUGAUGCAAACGUUCAAAAUCUUUACGAUGAUAUCAUUGAGCUAGAUAGGGUUGGUGAACAGCUUGAAGAGGAAGCAUUUGCAAGCACAACUCCCGAUGAUGCUAUGGGUUACAUUCAGGUACCCACGACAUCUUCGUCAACCCACCGUACUGAAGGUGAAAGAUUGACUACAUCUGGGGGUGGUGAUGGUGAGGCAGAAUCUUCCGAAGUAGAAGAUUUAUCUGUACCUCAGCAAGAGGCAGAUGGGGCUGUUGAUGUCAUUGCUGCACGGGAUCUUUCGGUCGCAGGUGGUGAACAAUGGCCGGAUAAUGUGGCUAGUUCUAGUUCGAGUCUAUCUCCCGCUGUCUCAUCGAUGAAUGCAUCAGUGACGGUUGCGAGUGUCGCACCGAGUACUGCAACCACCACAUCGUCACCUACAUCGCCGACAGCUCCAACACAGGAGAAAGCUUUGUUUGGUCGACCAAAAAAUGCACACGAGCUUGAGGUGCCGGCAAUGAAUUUGUCCGUCAAACCGGAUGAAGCCCAUGGUUCUAGCCGCAAGAAUAGUAAGGGCGAAGAGAACGGACUAACGGAAGACGCGCGUGCGUUAAAUCUAUCUGCUGGACAGCAAGAACUGGCCGAUCGGGGUGUAGGUGUAGAAGAUGAAAAUGUUAGCAGUAAUCAAGAGGAAGAGAAUGAGGAUGACCGCGAUGAAGCGCAAUCUUCGGGCGAGGUAAAAGCAGGAGAAUUGGAAGGUGACGAAAUGGAAGUUGAUUUGCGAGUUUCAGAUGAUGAAGUAGCUAAUGAAGGAUCCGCAAAGCAGUCCACUUACCAGGAACCAAAGUCAACAGGUCACGAUGCCAUGGACAAUCAAUACCAAGAAGCUACUCUUCAGGAAGAGUCUUUGCGGCAAGCAUCAACAAGCACACACCAGUAUUUAUCACACCGGGAUGAAGCGGAGGCCUCAACCUCGACACCACGCACGAACGUCAAAACACGGCUAAUGGCCGCGUUGGAAAAAUCGGCCACAACAAUCGAACAAUCGCAAACACCGACAAGACGGCGCAACACCCGUGCAACAUCAGUAGUAGGGGAGUCAACGAAUACUCCACUUUCGCCGAUGCUGUCUCGCAGUCGGCGAUUUACAUCGGCAGACAAUCUGAGCGGCACGCCGGACCCAAUGCUUCCGCUCACUCCGCGACGUUCCGCACGGGCAUCAUCGAUGGUAAAAGAGCUAUUUGCCGGCAGUGGUACGCCACAGAAACGAUCGCGCCGUACGUCGCAAGCAUCCAACGAACCGGAAACCCAACCCGAAUCCGUUGCGAACACUCCUACGAAGGAGUCUGUGGAUGAACAGCAAGAACCAUCGGAACGAUCGUUUGCAAGCUCCACGGCUAGCAGCACGCGGCGCAGUAUGCGUACGAGAAAGUUGGCCAAAACGCUACAACCACCGGAAUCAACCGCUGGCACUUCUUCGGAUACGCAACAGGUGACUGCUCCGAUGCUCUCCGAAUACUCCUCAAAUCGUCGCCUCACCCGACACCAACUGGCAGUGCUGGAGAAGUCGAUGGAUUUGAUCGGAUCAAGCAGCGCACCGCGACGAACAUCGGUGGAUCGCAGAAGCCAUGAUGUGGCUGACGUCGGCGGUGAUAGUGAGUCGGAAUCGAUCGUAUCGAACGUGAGCAAUCAGUCAUCAGUAAGAACCACGCGAUCGCGUGCUAGCCGGACCACGACCACACGCUCAAAACGUGGCGGCAGCAGUAAGCGAAAUGAUCCCAGCGAUGAUCAACAUGCAGAUUCCGAUUCUGAUCAAUCGAUGGUGUACGCGACCAGCCAACGUUCCGCGAUGGGUUUGGAACCGAUUGCGGAAGAAAGUGAAAUUAACCCCGCGUCUACGCGGAAACGCCGUGGACGGCCUGCAAAAAAUGGGAAGUAGUGUAAGAUACAAGAUACAAAAAGCAGGGGCAAUAACCGUGGCUCGAAAAGAACCAAUCGGGAUCGUUCGGUUGCGAUAGAAGCUGCUGGCUCGUUGUAAAAUACAUAAAAUAUUUGUUCGUUUAACACUUUAGAAUGUGUGUCGUUUGUUGUAUCUAAAAUAAACAUGUGUUUUUUUUGUGUCACUUUCA